CAGCUGAUGGAAUCUGGAAAGUCCGAAACCACCAUUUUAGAAUCAGGCUUGGAACGGGCUAAAAACACCACCUCUCAAUCCCAGCUAAUGCCCCGCCCUCCAUGCCGGAGGUCCGGAAGCGGACGUGAUGGAUACGGAAGUAGCCUGCUGUUGCCGAGGGGACGGGACGGGCAGAUGCCAACAUGGCAGCGGUUGGGGUUGGCGGAUCAUCCGCGGCGGCCGGGCCAGGGGCCGUGUCCGCGGGCGUGCUGGAGUCUGGGUCGGCUACAGCGGCUCACCGACGCCUCAAGUAUAUAUCCUUAGCUGUGCUGGUGGUCCAGAACGCCUCCCUCAUCCUUAGCAUCCGAUAUGCUCGCACACUGCCUGGGGACCGCUUCUUUGCCACCACCGCUGUAGUCAUGGCUGAAGUACUCAAAGGUGUCACCUGUCUCCUGCUGCUCUUCGCACAGAAGAGGGGUAAUGUGAAGCACCUGGUUCUCUUCCUCCAUGAGGCUGUCCUGGUGCAGUAUGUGGACACACUGAAGCUUGCCGUGCCCUCUCUCAUCUAUACCUUGCAGAAUAACCUCCAGUAUGUUGCCAUCUCCAACCUGCCAGCUGCCACUUUCCAGCCUCCCGCGAGGUGCAGUCAAAGCCAUAGCCUCCACUUCUGCCUCUGCCUCCGGGCCCUGCAUUCACCAGCAGCCUCCUGGGCAGCCACCACCACCGCAACUGUCUUCUCGAGGAGACCUCAUCACGGAGCCCUUUCUGCCAAAGUCAGUGCUGGUGAAGUGAGAGCUGGUAGUGGUUGGGGGAGCCAGGGUAGGGGGUUGGGUGGAGGGGGUUGGGCUGCUGCAGGUCCAAAGUUGUUGCCAGGGCCUGACUUUUGUGGGGUUGGAGGGUUUUUUCUCCCAUACUUCUAGAGGAAUAUGGAACUAGGGAUAUGAGCCUUCCUGGUAGAUGGACCCCCCUUUCCUGAAGGAGCUUUAUUGAGCAGCUUCCUCUGACCAAGGCUAACCUCUUUGGGAACAGGGUUGGGGCACUGCUAUUCCAGGCUUUUUCCCACGACCCUCUGCUGGAGAUGUCCUGUCUCUCAUGCCUGGGACAGGUCAUCCCAGCCAUCCUGCAGACUGGACAAAAGCCCUGCAGCUCUUCAGUAAUGACUAAUGACUACCCGUGGGGUUCCAUUUCCUAUUGUAUGAGGCCUUCUCUCCUGCACCAUCACCCUGGAUCAUGUCAACAGCUUGGUCUCUGAUGUGGCUUUUGGGCAGUUUCCCUGGUACAGAGACCCUUGAAGAUCAGCCUGUUGUAAGUGCCUGGAGUGAGGAGAGAGGCACAAGCUGAGAAUUUUGCAUCAGCUCAUCUUGGGGAGGGUGCAAUAAACACCAUUCGCUGUUCAGUAGUUUGGGCAUUUGUGAUAAUCAGAUUAAUAAUGAUCCAGAGUGUUGGGAAAAUGGGGAGGGGAAAUCCUGAAGUGGCUGAAUCUUACGUAAUUGAAGAGACGGAUGAAGGAUUGAUUAUCUUCUGAAACAUCCAGAGAGGAAAAAUAAAGCUGCCAAUCCCACUCUUCAGCCCCAUUGGCUGUUUAAAACACCCGUACUUCAUGGCGGGUGCCAGAAUUGAUGAAUCAUGGAACCUGCACCCCCGCACUCCCCAAAGCUUAUUAACUCCUUAACUGUUUCCCAGAUGUGUGUGCCUGUUGUGUGUGUGAGUGAGCGUAUGCGUGUGUGUGCAUAAAUACACGCAUGGGAGGUGCCUGGGCUGUCUUUGCUAUAUGUAAAUAGGGCCAUUGGAUCUUUAUUUUUGAUUAAUUUGUUCUGAUUUUUGGGGGUGUUGUUUUCUAAGGAACUGUAAUGAACAUGUCAGGAUACCCAAGCCAAAUAAAGAUGAUGUAUUUAUUUA